AAUCCGAAGUGUGGGGCGCGGCUAAUUAGAAUACUGACUGGGUCCGCCCCAAAAGCUUUCACCCUGUGCCCUCUGACCCGAGAGGUUCCAGUACUGAGCAGCAGGCCAAGAAGUUACCUCGCCGGCCGCUGAAUCCCCAGGGCUGCCCGCCCCAGUUCAGUCAUGGAAACCGCCAGCACCCCCGAGGCCACGGGGACAGGCAAGUACAUUGCCUCAACACAGAGACCCGACGGGACGUGGCGAAAGCAGCGGAGGGUCAAAGAAGGAUACGUGCCCCAAGAGGAGGUCCCAGUCUAUGAAAACAAGUAUGUGAAGUUUUUCAAGAGUAAACCAGAACUUCCCCCAGGGCUGAGCCCUGAGGCCACCACACCGGUCACCCCAUCCAGACCUGAAGGUGGUGAAGCAGGCCUCUCCAAGACAGCCAAACGAAACCUGAAGCGGAAGGAGAAGAGGAGGCAGCAGCAGGAGAAAGACGCAGAGGCCUUGAGCAGGACUCUUGAUAAGGUGUCUCUGGGAGACACAGCCCAGACGCCUAGUGCUCUCCACGGCCCCCAGGCCACGCCUCUAGCUGCCUCUGAUCCAUCCGACUCUGCUGCCACCACAGAGAAAGCCAAGAAGAUCAAGAACCUGAGGAAGAAGCUUCGGCAGGUGGAGGAGCUGCAGCAACGCAUCCAGGCCGGGGAGGUCAGCCAGCCCAGCAGAGAACAGCUGGAGAAGCUGGCUCGACGGAGGGUUCUGGAGGAGGAGCUGGAGGACUUAGAGUUGGGCCUGUGAGGCUCCAGGAGUAGGGGAGUGGACUGCAGAACAAACCAUGGGGUGCUCUGGGGUCCAGGGAGUGUGGGCCGCAGCAGUCAGGAGGGGUACCCCCAUACUGACUCACCUCCACCUCCUGUGGCCCGACUCCGUCCUCCAGAGCCUAGGCUCUCCUUCAUCCCUUCCACUUCUUCUCAGCUCCUGUUUUUGGACUUUCCCCUUCCAUCCCAGUGUUCACAAUCUGAGUGCCGACCUGAGGUACCUCUGCUGCUGAUCUGGGUGUCUUGUUGAAAAGGAAACCGGGGGGGUGGGAGUCUGUUAGCGAUCUGAGGCUGAGGGUAUAGCAGUACCCAUGUUUUGGAGUCUUAGUUCCUGUUCACAGUGUUUAUGAAUUACUUCCCUGACCAUCCCGCCCCCCGCCCCCCCCCCGCCCCUUUUAAUUUUUUUUUUUUUUUUUUUUAAAGAAAAGAAUAAAUUGAAGUAGAUGACAUGUG